UCUCGCUGACAACCUCCAAGUCCACCACUUUGUUGACAUCUCCCCAGCUGCUGUCUCCGUUGCGCGAGAGAUCCGCUACUGUGUGAUCGCCCUGGUGAUUGGGUGGACGACCAAGCAGUUGGUAUCUGUGUGGCUGGAUCGCAGAGCUCCUGAUCGUAAAGAGUAAUACACUCUUUUCUUUUGGAUAGGAGGAGUAUAGCUACUAGGCUACUUGCAACGUGCCUCCUGAAUUUGAAUAUCUAUUGAAACGACAUCAUGAAGCUCCAAGCAUUGUCAUUCUCGGCCUUUGUGGCUGCUGCGACGGCUCAAUCAGUGAUUGAAAGCUCUAGUUUUGGACAGAACCCAAGAAUCUCGCCCUACAGGGAUUCAAUCCCCGGUUGGCAGGUUGGAGGGGACGGCCAUGUACCCCAGAUUAUGUCUGAUAAGAUCAUCUUAACUCCCCCUUACCCAGGUAUUGUGAGAGGAUCCGCCUGGGCACAGAGCCCCAUCGCGCAGCCUGAGUGGACAGCAGAAUUCCAAUUCAGAGCUACUGGCCCAGAGCGAGGUGGUGGAAACCUCCAACUAUGGUACACCAAAGAUGGACAGUCCAGAGUUGGCACCUCCAGCAUCUACACCGUUGGCCAGUUUGACGGUUUUGCACUGGUUCUUGACACGCACGGAGGAAGGGGAGGCAGCAUCCGAGGAUUCCUCAACGACGGCACGACAGACUACAACCGUCACCGGAGCGUAGAUAGUCUGGCUUUUGGCCACUGCGACUACCCAUACCGUAACCUGGGCCGUCCCUCUGUCGUGCGUCUCAGGCACACGAACUCUAUCUUCGAAGUCACCGUGGACGACAAGCUCUGUUUCUCGACGGACAAGGUUUCUCUUCCUGUUGGAAAUAACUUCGGCAUGUCAGCCGCAACACCCGAGAACCCCGACUCCUUCGAAAUCUUCAAAUUUGUCGUGCAAACCAUCCAAUCCGGCACCAACCCCCCUCCACCACCCCCAUCCCAACAGCAACAACAACCCAUCGUCGUCCAACAACGCGACACCACCACCAACCCCAACCCCCAAGACCACUCAAUCAACCAACAAUUCACCGACCUAGGCAACCGCCUCCAACAAAUCAACCACGCAACCAACAACAUCAUCCGCGACAUCGGCAACCAAGACUCCAAGGCCGACUCCCGCAAUGCAGACAUCCUCCGCAAACUCGACCAGGUAAUCGCAGGCCUCGACGCUAGAAUGCAGCGCCUGGAAACGAACAUGCAGACUAUCCAGCGCGAUCUCGAGGGUAAAGACUACCGGGACCGCUUCGCGCAGUUGCAGGAGACACUUAAGUCGUCGCAUUUGAGUCUGAGUGAGAAUUUGCAGACACAUUUCCUUGAUGUUAUCACCGCUUCGACGCCGCGUAUGGGCUUCUUUAUUGUCUUGGUUAUUUCAUUCCAGGUGUUCCUUGCUGUUUCUUACGUUAUCUACAAGCGUCGUCGCGCGAACGCGCCUAAGAAGUUCCUCUAG